UGGUAGUUUAGUUUAAUUCGAAACGUUUCUUUGGCAGGGUAGCUAAAGAAGAGAACCGCUAGAAGGCAGUUGACUGACUCGCAUUUUAGACAUAAUUUUAGAGAGUUCAUUUGGCUUAGAGACGUAAAAAGAAGAGAAGGCGAGCCAAAGCCAAUAACAAAAAAAAUAGUUUAAUACAAUAAUUGAACAAAAUUAAGAAUAAUAUCGUCACUGUAUAAUAAUUUACAGUUUGUUAUAAAUUGUUGUUGUCUGUUUUUAGUUUUGCUUUCGUUUUUAUUAUUUUUCUGAUUUUGCAUUGUUCUACUUUCUUCGUUUUGUUGUUAUUGUUUUAAUUUAAGCCAUCAUGACGACAAGUGUGAAUAAAAUAGUUCGUCGAAAUGUCCAUGAUAAGCUUAAGCUUAUUAAAAUGGUCAAUGAUCAUCGAAUUUUGUGGGAUUCCCGAUUGCCAAAUUUUAAAGGAGCCGAAGAAGAAAAAACCCAUGCUUGGCAAUUAAUUGGCAAUGAAUUUGGUGUUCCUGGGCGUAGAGUUGCCAGAGCAUUUAAAUCACUUCGUGAAUCUUAUCGAAGGGAAUUGGCAUUGGUUAAGACAAUGGGCGAGGGAUUCCAAUCCAAGUGGGGAUUAUUUGUUGCAAUGGAUUUUCUUCGUGAAGUCAUUCGUGAAAGAAAGAGCACAACUGUUACCCACGAUGGCAGUUUAAAUCUCAACAACAAAAGUGCCAACAACUACAGCAACAACAACAUCAGUACAAAAAGUCUCAAUCGUUCCUCCAUUUCCAUGUCCGAUGACUAUAGUUAUUUUGUAAAAGCCGAACCAGCCGAUCACGACCUCCACGACGACACAAAUCCAGACAAUCACAUUUCAAGCACCCUCAAUGGCAACUACGAUGACAUAGAUGACAUGACAUCCGACGAUAGCAACCAGGUGCAUCGUCCUGCUAUCAUAACUAAGCAACAACAACAAAAUCAUCAUCAUAAUACUCAAACAUCCUCGAACAAUGGACCAAAUAGUGGUGGUGGAAAUGAUGUCGAAGAAUUGGAAGCUAUUGAUGCUGAUUUUCCCUAUCCAUUAAUCAUUGACAAUUCCCCACCAUCACCAUCGUCUGGCAAAAGGAAACGCCAUAAUUCGUCCUCAGAUGAUGAUAUCAAUCCUUAUGAACAACAACAACAACAUCAGCAAAUGUCUUCAGCGGCAAAGAUACAACCAACUGUUCGUGAGGUUUUGAAUUCGAAAUUUUGUGGCUUCAUAACGGCCAAAUUGAAUAGCAUGGACGAUUCGGAAGCUGAUAAUUUGAUGAAUCGUAUUUUAAUGCUGCUUGUUCAGACACAAACACAGACUGUUAAUGGCAAUGCCAAAUAGUCAGAAUAGUGCCAAAAAUAGUUCCUAAAGGACAUAUAUUUCCA